GAAAAAAUGUCCUUGGCCAGCAGGUGGCGCUAAUGCGCUUAAAGUAACUGUAGCGCCUUUAAACCAUAUAACCUUAAACACGUAGAAGAAAAGCGCGCAUGCGCACCGUACGACUCACAAGUCAAGCGUGAUUUCAACGUAAGGAUUUUAUCUUCUGGAGACCCAUUCCCACUGUUAACCGUUUAACCUCCUGUAAAAAUGGAUUUCCAGCAUCGAGCUGGGGGAAAAACUGGGAGUGGAGGAGUGGCCUCCGCUUCUGAAAGUAACCGGGACAGACGAGAAAGGCUACGCCAGCUGGCUCUAGAGACAAUUGACAUAAAUAAGGACCCAUACUUUAUGAAAAAUCAUUUAGGGUCAUAUGAGUGUAAACUGUGUUUGACAUUGCACAACAAUGAGGGCAGCUACUUGGCUCACACUCAAGGAAAAAAACACCAGACAAAUUUAGCCCGGAGAGCAGCUAAAGAAGCCAAAGAUGCACCUGCUCAACCAGCACCAGCAAAAGUUAAAGUUGAGGUCAAAAAGUUUGUUAAAAUUGGGCGGCCUGGUUAUAAAGUAACCAAGCAAAGAGACCCAGAAACAGGACAGCAGUCUCUACUUUUCCAGAUUGAUUACCCAGAAAUCGCAGAAGGCAUUGGACCACGACAUCGUUUCAUGUCUGCUUAUGAACAGCGCAUUGAGCCACCUGACCGUCGCUGGCAGUACUUGCUUAUGGCAGCUGAACCUUAUGAAACAAUAUCAUUUAAGGUACCAAGCCGGGAAAUUGAUAAAGCAGAAAAUCGCUUCUGGACACAUUGGAACAAGGAAACAAAGCAGUUUUUCCUUCAGUUUCACUUCAAAAUGGAGAAGCCCAUUCCUCAGUCUGGGCCACCACCUCCUGGUGGAGUCAAGCGCCCCCCUCCUUUGAUGGGUGGCCCACACCAACCAAAUGAUGGCCUCCCUCCUCCCCCACCAGGAGGUAUGACUAUUCCUCCACUGCCCCCUGGAACGCCUGGUGCACCACAGAUGCCCCCACAGAUGGCAAUGCCUCCAAUGCCCAUGAGGCCACCGCCCCCAGAAGGCCUAUAACUGAUUCCUCUUGGUUUUUAUCAUGUACACAAUGCGUUUUUUAUAUUUCUUGGUUUUGCAAAGCUCAACAUGUUGCUGUCACUGUUAUUAGGUUAUGUACAAAACUGGAA